AUGGACGAUAAUCCAAGUACUGGCGUAGAAUCGUUAACUGCGGGCUUGGAUGAGCUUGCUUCUUACCUCGAAGGGAGCACUAUUGUCGUCCAAGCAUACACUGAUAUUAUCGAGCGCAAGUAUGCGCGUCCGGCAUUAGACAAAAUCUCCAGAUACUUCCAGGGUCAGCCGUUGACGAUGAUAUGGGUUACGAUCACUCUGGCCCUCUUCGCUGUUAUGAGUAUCCUGCCGGUACUGUCGUUCAUAGGCCUGUCCAUCUUCGCAGUUUGCAGCUGCAUGUCCAUUGCUCUUGCGUUCGCAUUAGCGGCUGCCGUCGCAUUUGAAAUUGUGUUCACCAUGGUUCUCCUUUCGGUACUAGGAGGACUAUUACUCUUCUCUUCCGUCAUCACCACAUUCGGCGCGAUGGCAUACCUUACAUUCUGUCUCGUCCAACACUUCCAAACACAUGGGCGCUUUAGAAUCGCAGAAUGGGUCCAGGAAGCAAAACAACACUUCACUUCUGUCAGUGCGAAACCUGAAGACAAUGACGAUUCGGAUGGGUCUGGUGUUCUCAUUGCACACGAAGCUAACGGUGCAGUGAAACGUGAAAGCAGGUCUCCUUCUCCUUCGCGCUACCUGUUGACAUCCGGUUCGAAUUGA